CUAAGUCACGUGACAUUGUCAACAUGGCGUCUCACGACGUCCACGUCCGAAUAUGCGAGCAAGAAAUAUUAAAAUAUGACCUGGAAGUCAAGGCUCUCAUUCAGGAUAUUAACGAGUGCAGAGGUCCUCAAAGCAAGUUGACAGAACUCAACGCUGACGUGAAGAAGAGUUUUCACAAUCUACGAUUGCGCAUACAAGAUUUAGAGCAGAUGGCGAUGGAGCAGGACAAAGAGUCAGACAAGCUGGCCUUGAUCAGUCAGGUAGAAGGACACAGGAAACAGAUGCUGAGCAAUCAGACUACCUGGAGGAAGUCCAACCUCGCCAGCAAAUUGUCAAUCGACAAUAUGGAGAAGCAGGCGCUGCUUAAUGGAGCUGAUAGCGGAGCAAGACAGAGGAAGACCACCAAAGAAGGUCUGGCCCAGACAUCCACAGACAUUACAAAAAAUCUGAUGAGCAUCAGUCGAAUGAUGGCCCAACAGGUUAAUCAGAGCGAGGAGACGAUCACGACACUAGCAACUUCAUCCAGGACCAUCCAAGAGACCAACGAUGAAUUUAAAACCAUGACUGGGACCAUUCAACUGGGGAGGAAACUCAUCACCAAGUACAACCGCAGGGAGCUGACUGAUAAACUGCUCAUCUUCCUCGCGCUGGCCCUCUUCCUCGCCACAGUGCUCUACAUACUCAAGAAAAGACUCUUUCCUUUCUUUUGAGGUGUACGCGCCAUGAAGGCAUUCGAGUACUACUCCCCAAGUGAGCACAAACAAUUUCCAACAUGCAACCUCGCCGCAGCGAAACAGGGGUGAACUUAUUGCCUAAUGUGCGUCUUAAGCUUCUGUAUGUGCAAUCUGUUCUCUCAAGUCGCGCCAAUAUAAACCACUGGUGGUACAAAAUCCACAACUGUACUCGAAAGCUAACGAAAGAUUCAUAAAGUACGGGAAAUGAAAACAAGAAUAAACCUAACGUUAUCGAUUUGUUUGAAAAAUGAAUCAUUCAAAAAGUAACACUGCUUUCCGAGCCAUGAUGUGCAUGCGACAGUGAUGAUCCUUCAGUUUCUCUCUUUCAUGAGUCUUGUUGAAAUUUCAAACACAAUCUUCCUCCUGUUGCACUGUAUGGCUCACAUUGCACCUGUUACUCCUGCAAAUUGAAAAAGCGCACAUAUCUUUGUCUCUGUGAGCGUACGUGAAUGGCCGAGACAGCAGCACACAUCCCUGUCUUUCUUCAGAUAAGACCCGGAAAAGCAAACUCUGUCCUGACCGUUUUUCCCCUCUCCAAUGUGGCUCGAGGGUGAUGGUGCAAGAUAUUUUUGGUGUGUGGGGAUUUGUUAUCUGACGUUGCCUUUUCACCACCUCGUAGGAGAGCGUGACCAGGGGAGCUGCGUGACCUCGUCGCAACAGUCUCACAUUGCCGUCAUUUGAGAUUUACUCGUAUUUAUUUGCGAGAUAGUCACUCUGUAUAUGGACGGUCGAGAUGUGUCAUGGAGUUAUUGAAUGUGGGAAGAUACACAAAGGAGGCGACUAAGUGUCAUUCAGUGAUGUAAAGUGGAAGCAGUUGGUUUCCCCGCGUCUUCCAACAUGUUCCUAUAAAGAAAGGUUCACUUUGACAGAGCA